AUGUUAGAACAUGAUUGUUCUAUGAACGAUACUUUGGAUAACUUCACUUUUCAAAAUAUCAGCUGUGAUGAUAAAAAUGCUGUUUUUUCAUCGAACAGAAUCUCUUUUGACGAUUCUGCUUUUUUGGAUAAUGUGUCUUUUGACUUCGAUCAAAUUGAAACCAGCCAAAAACCUCCACUCCAAGAACAAGAUCCCGUCGUUGAGGAGAAAACUAGUCAAAAUGUGCUUUAUGGCAAGGAUUAUCAAGAGAACGACAUGUAUUUAGAGGCUUUAGAGGAAUCAGCUGAAGCAUCAAACACUAGUAAUGAUCAGGGCAAUACACACGAAUCAGACAAGGAUUCAUAUCGAAGUGCUAAUAAACCAAUCAAUAACGACUCAUUUUCUCUAUCGCCUCCUAAAGAACUGGAAUCACCCGACAGACUGCUAUCUCAAAAUGUAGGGCAACCAAAUUUAGAAGACAAACAAUCAAGCUCUGUGCUACUGGAAAAUGGUAGCCCACAUUCUAAUAAAGAUUCCCAAACAAGUCAAUUGCCCACUUAUGAGCUAUCCGCUUGGAAUCUACCAGAUGCGGUACUCGAAAGGUACAAAGCGAGAAAAGUAACGAAAAUGUUCCAAUGGCAGUUCGAGUGUCUCAACAAUCCUAAAGUGCUGCACGGUUCAUCAAACUUGAUCUAUUCCGCUCCAACAUCAGCCGGAAAAACGUUGAUAGCUGAAAUUUUAGCUCUGAAAACCAUCUUCGAUAGGAAGAAAAAGGUUAUUUUUAUUUUGCCGUUUGUGUCAAUAGUAAGAGAAAAAAUGUACUAUUUUCAAGAUAUUCUCAGCAGUAGUGGUGUAAGAGCAGAAGGAUUUAUGGGCUCCUAUAAUCCGCCUGGAGGUUUUAAUUCCGUACAGCUUGCAAUUUGCACCAUUGAGAAAGCAAAUAGUCUCAUCAAUAGACUUUUAGAAGAGGAAAGAUUGGCAGAGAUUGGCUCAGUAUUUGUGGAUGAAAUGCAUUUGUUAGGAGACCCGAACCGAGGAUAUCUGCUUGAAUUACUUUUGACCAAACUUCGCUAUAUAUGCUUAAAAGAUCUAAACAUUCAAAUACAAAUCAUUGGAAUGUCAGCUACACUCCCAAACUUGGGGCAACUAGCAAGAUGGUUAGAUUCUGAGUUGUACUCGACAUCUUUCAGGCCUAUUCCGUUAUAUGAGCAGGCCAGUAUAUGUGGAGACAUAUUUGAUAACGACAUGAAAAUCAUAAGAAAAUUAGAUACUUUGCCUGAGCUAGGAGUUGAUACAGAUCACGUUCUUCAGCUGUGCCUAGAAACUAUUCAAGACUCUUGUUCCGUUUUGAUAUUUUGCCCGACGAAGAAUUGGUGUGAAAAUUUGGCUCAGCAGCUAUCACAAGCUUUUUCUAAACUUGGCAACUCCCAGUCACCAUUAGGUCAACUUUUGAGGGCUCAAAUAAGGGGUGAUUUAAUAAUCGAAGUACUAGAGCAACUCAAGUUUUGCCCCGUAGGACUCGACUCGAUUCUCAAAAAAACUGUAUCCUUUGGUAUUGCCUUCCACCAUGCAGGUUUAACCAUGGAUGAAAGGGAUAUAAUAGAAGGUGCCUUCCGCAACGGAGCAAUUAAAGUUCUGGUAGCCACAUCGACUUUGUCCUCGGGAGUUAAUUUACCGGCUCGUCGAGUAAUAAUUAGAAGUCCCGUUUUUGGUGGAAGACCCUUAAAUCUGCUCACAUAUCGGCAAAUGAUUGGCAGAGCUGGACGGAUGGGUAAGGACAGCAAAGGAGAAAGUAUUUUAAUUUGCCAAAAGGCCGAAUAUAAGAUUGCCAAAGAACUGAUGUCGUUCGAACUAUCACCUGUGGAAAGCUGCCUUGAAGGCGCGGGUAAGCUAAAGAGGGCCAUCCUGGAAGUGAUUGCUAGCGGCGUCGCAUUAUCCCCCGAUGAUAUUGCUCUGUUUACUAACUGCACAUUGAUGAGUAUUACAAAUGCUGAUGAUCAACAAGACCAAUUAGCGGUAAAUCCAAUAGAUGCCACUAUUGAUUUUCUGAAAAAGCAUGAAUUUAUCAGGUUGCAAAAGGCAAAUGGCGCAGAUGAGCAAUAUGUAGCUACCUCGUUAGGCAAAGCCUGCUUAUCUUCUUCUAUUGCACCUGAUGAAGGUCUCACCUUAUUCACAGAGCUAGAGAAAGCUCGACAAUGCUUUGUUCUUGAAACAGAGCUUCAUUUGAUAUACCUUGUUACACCAUAUUCUGCUUGCCAAACAUGGGGCAAUAUCGACUGGAUGAUGUACUUAGAUUUUUGGGAUAAACUGUCAAGUGCCAUGAAGAGAGUUGGGAAGCUUGUAGGGGUUUCAGACCCUUUCAUUGUAAGUGCUACUAGAGGUAAAAUAGACUGCAACAGCUCAAAGGGCUUUCAAAAGCUCAUGGUUCACAAGAGAUUUUUUGUUGCCCUAGCAUUGCAAGACCUAGUCAAUGAAGUGCCACUUGCAACUGUUUGUGCAAAAUUUAAUUGCAAUAGAGGCAUGCUACAGUCUCUUCAACAGUCAGCGUCAACAUUUGCGGGUAUGGUGACAGCAUUUAGCAAGCAAUUAGGAUGGGCCAGUCUUGAAAUAUUGUUAGCACAAUUUCAGGAUAGAAUGCAGUUUGGCGUCAGUCGAGAUUUGCUCGACUUAAUGCGACUUCCAUCAUUAAAUGGAAAACUGGCAAGAAUUUUAUAUAAAGCAGGGGUAGAGACUGUAAUAGAGUUAGCUAACCGUGAUGUAGCGUAUAUAGAAAAUAUUCUAUGCAGAGCUGGUCCAUUUGAGAGCGCUAAGGAGAGAGAUGGCGAGUCGAAGACUGACACUAAUGAUAGAAAUAAGUUUAGAACUGUUUGGAUAACAGGCAAAGAAGGCCUAACAGAAAGAGAAGCCGCACAGUUGUUAGUGAACAAUGCCCGAAAUUAUUUGGUUAUUGAAGUGGGAUUAAAAGAAGCCAAAUGGAAUUCCCAAUCUAAUCCGGACAAACACGACUCCACAUUUCAGCUUCGAGCCAAUGAGGGCACAAAAGAAACAAAACUUUCAAGUAACAGACAACUAAUUAUAGAUGCCUCCUCAAAGUCUUCUUUAUCUGAAAACGCCAAAAAUCAUAAUUCAGUUUGCAGUGGAGAUGGUAAUGUGGUGGAAGGUUCCGUUAUUGGGUCUGCCAAAGAAAUAUAUUUUGGAGAUUGUAGUGAGAAUGUUGUAUUAGCUACUGAAGAUGAUGCAGUUGUCAAUGGAAUUGAAACAUCAUUUAAAACCUUGAGCAUAACACCCAGUAAGGAAACAGAAAUUGUUUCAACUCAAGCACCAAUAGGACUUAAUAUAUCCGAAUCAUCUUUGUUCAGUUCAUCUGGAAGCUUAGAAAAAUCGAAAUCUGAGGAACAGUUUACAGACAGUAGUUUUACAUUGCAAUUAAGCGAUGAUCAAGAGAUUUUUACUGAAACUAUAGACGAAUUUAAUAGUCAGGAUGAUUUUGAAACAGCGAUUAAAAAUAUUGACAUUUCCCAUGCGAUCCAGAAAAACUGCAAUUAUAGUGUUGAUCAAUCUGAUAACAUAACUUUAUCAAAUUAUUCAGGCAGCAGUGCCAGUGACAUUAACAUUAAUGUUUUGGGGAAAAGAGGCCGAAGUAGUUCAGGCUCAAGUUCAGAAGAACUGUUUUUGGAAGCUACACCCAAUAAGAAAUGUAAAAAUUCGAAGAUACUCACUCCGUUUGCCAGUACAAUCACGAAGUACUCCCAAUUGAGCUUAGAUAAUAUUAAUUCAAUUAAAGCACCAAGGUUCUGGUCGGAAUUUAGAGAAUCGCAGUUUGAGACAUGA